AGGAGUUUGCAUUUGGUCGCGCCCAGAAUAAUUUUUGCAGAGUGACGAUGUCCACGACCGCUAAACUUACCUUCGUGGCUGCUUGUUUCGCCAGCGGGGGUCUGAUCGCUUACGUCCACUACAGCCAGGCCGCUGACCGUGAACGGCUACACGACGGUGUGAGGCGAGACGUCGAACGGCAGCGCCUGAAGGGACUAUCGGAGGCCACAGGCAGUGAGACGACUGUUAUCGAGACAACGGCGGGAUCUGGCGGCACUUUGCAACGGUGAUAAAAUGGCAAGGAAAGAAGUCAUCUAAUCUUCUGGGUGGAGUUGAUGUUUUGCGUAGUGCGUAAUAGAAAUGCGUAAUAUCGUGCUGUGUACGGGGUGUUCACUUGAAAAUUUCUUUUUCUCUUCAUUUGAAAUCUCAACGGGAAAAGGUGACGAGAUCGGAAAGGUUUGUAUCGAUUGUUCAUUGUGCUGAGACAUUGCAACCUCUUUUCCGCCGGUCGAUGCAAUAAAACUAAAUCAGGAUGCCAUGAAAAGUCAAACGCUAACGUGUCGUUUGAACGGAUUUUUAUUUCAUAAAGGAAUUCACGUUUUGAGUUUGCCUUUUAAUUAUGCUCUUUUUAAACUAAACAAUCACAUUGGAAAUUCAAAGAGAAGACUACAAACAAAAAAAUCGAUAAAA